AUGUCUGGACAAGGACAAUAUGAUUCAGCAGGAGAGCUUGCCGCCAGGAUAGGCGGCUUGGGUAUCACCUCUGAGGAAGCAUACUCCUCGCCUCAGCAACCCAAUCCCCACAAUCAAAGUCCUUUUGGAAAUAAUUAUGCCAGCAUUCAGUCUCCGACUUCUAGGGUUUCUCUCCAGACCCAACCUUAUUCUCCUUACGGUAAUCAACAAGGAUAUCCAUACUACGGUAAUACAGAUAGUACGUAUGAUGCUACAGGUAACCCAGCGGCCACUUAUGGAUAUGUCGCACCUACACCUGAAGUUUCGAACCUUAAUUCUCAACCAUCGCUUUCCAGCUAUGAUACAGGUUUCUCUACUUCCCGCGAAGUAUAUAAUGGUCAACAUGAUCAUAGACAAGUUCUUACCAACCAUCAACAACAGAAUACUCAUGAGAAUUCGCCACUCGGUCAACAAGGACUUCGAAUUACAAGACAACCUUUUCGAUCACAACCUGGCCAAUCUGCUUAUCAACAAGCCGCCACUAUGCAACAACAAGUGAAUGCCGCCGCUGUAGCUGCUGGCUAUUACAGUUAUCAAGAUCCCAGAGGGUUCUGGUCUACUCAAGGUCAAAAUAUGUAUAUGCCACAAAGCAAUGAUAGGAAGAAGGAGGGGAAUUCGUACAACACCAGAAAUCAACAAUCCCCCUAUUCUUUCAGAUCAAAUCAGCAAAACGUGAAUAAUUCUCAUUUCGGGUACAACGACAGCACUACACCUACUCUUGGCACUUUCCCCAUGACUGCUGUUUCGACAAAUCCAUACGUUGCCAACCAGCAGAAUACUACUAGCUUGUUCCAGCUCUCCCCGGCUCAAGGAUAUCCUGGACUGGCAGGUUAUCAAUCGCAAGCCUAUCAAAAUGCCGCUGGAUUCGUACUCAGAUCUAGGAGACAUGAGGAUUCGGGUGUCAUUAGAAGUGCGUUAUUGGAAGACUUCAGGUUGAACAAGAUUAGAAAGUGGGAGUUGAGGGAUAUCUUCGGCCACAUCGUCGAGUUUUCAGGUGAUCAGCAUGGAUCACGAUUCAUUCAGCAAAAGCUCGAAACCGCCACUCUCGAAGAUCGUCAAAACCUGUUCGAUGAGAUCAUGCCAAAUGCUCGUCAGCUCAUGACAGAUGUCUUCGGUAAUUACGUCACUCAGAAAUUGUUCGAACAUGGUGACCAAAGACAGAAAGCUACUCUGGCUAAGCAGAUGGAACACCAUGUUUUCUCCUUGAGUAAUCAGACUUAUGGAUGCAGAGUCGUCCAAAAAGCGUUCGAGCAUGUUCUUGUCGACCAACGACAAACUCUUGUGUCAGAACUCGAAGGACAUGUUCUUGAAUGUGUCAAAUCAAGCAAUGCCAAUCACGUUAUCCAACGUUUGAUCAUGCUCGGCCCUCCUCAAUCCAUUCCUGACGCUUUUAUAGGAUCCGUUGAAGAGCUUGCCAAACAUCCUUAUGGCUGCCGGGUUAUACAAAAGAUGUUUGAAAACCUUCCAGAAGAAAUGAAACGAACUCUUCUGAAUGAAAUGCAUGAACAUACCAUUGACCUCAUGGAAGAUCAAUUUGGGAAUUACGUUGUUCAAAGUGUCAUUGUUGUCGGUGAUGCCACUGACAGAGAUAAGAUUAUCCAAGAGAUUAAGGGGAGAGUAACUAAUCUCGCCCGACACAAAUUCGCAUCUAACGUGGUCGAGAAAGCUAUCCUCAAAGCCAACGACCAGGAUCGAAGGAUUCUUAUUGACGAGCUCGUCGGUCUCAAGGAUGAUGGUUCCAGCCAAGUCGGUAUGCUUCUGCGAGAUGCUUUCGGUAAUUUCCCUUUGCAGACCGCUUUGUUGGCAGCUUCGUCAGAUCAGCGACAAGAGUUGUUGAAGAUCAUCAAUCCUAUCAUCCCACAAAUCCGAAACACUCCGGUUGGAAAGAGAUUGGAGAAUCGAUUAAACCAAUUCGAAGCUGAUGGUGCCAUCGCUCACCAAUCUCGUCGAUCAGUCUCUUCAAGCCUUAGUACCAGUGAUGCAGGAAGUGGUCAUACCACUCCUGGUGGUUUAACAAUGUCCCGAUCUACAUCCGAGGAUACUGGACCUACUUCCCCUGAGCCUGAACCUGUCAAUGGGCUGAGAGCUAAGUCUGUUACUCCUAAGAUCACGAACGGGAAAGGAAAGGGGAGAGACAGGAUCUUGGAAGACCUUUUACAGUAA